AUGGAACAGUGGAAAACUAUUGAGGACUUCCCUAAUUAUGAAGUUUCAACUUUUGGUAAUGUUAAAUCAAAACGCCGAAAUAAACUUAGGUAUACAUCUAAAAGUAAAGAUGGUUAUUUACGCAUGGAUAUGAGUGUAUCAGGUAAGAGCAAAAAGAAAUUAAUCCACAGACUUGUAGCUUUAGCAUUUAUUGAUAAUCCUGAAAACAAACCAUUCGUUGAUCACAUUGAUCAUGACAGAACAAAUAAUAAUAUUUCAAAUUUGCGAUGGGCUACUCAAAAAGAAAAUCAAGCAAAUGCAGGUAUGUUUUCUAAUAAUACCACAGGAUUUAAAGGGGUUUGUUUUGAUAAACGCAAAGGAAAAUAUAAAGCACAAAUUUCAAUCCAAAAUAAAAGCACACAUCUUGGUUGUUUCAAAACGCCAGAAGAAGCUUCAGCAGUUUAUGAGAAAAAAGCCAAAGAAUUACGUGGUGAGUUCUAUUGUGCCACAACUGUGUAA